UCAGCCAGGGCUCACCUGGAGCUCCGAAACUCAGACAUGAGACCUAGCUCCCGGUGCUGGGCACCCGUUCUCCUGGGACUCCUUGGCCUCCUGUCCCACGCGGCUCUGGCUGUAGAGCGGCACUACUACAUCGCCGCCGUGUGCAUCGACUGGAGCUACACCCCGCAGGACGUCAACGGCUCAUCCCCCACCUAUAAGAAAGUGGUGUUCAGGGAAUAUGAAGCUGGUUUCAAACAGGCCAAAUUCCACCCACCGUGGUUAGGUCUGCUCGGGCCCACGGUGCGGGGGCAGGAGGGUGACGUCAUCGUGGUCACCUUCAGAAACAUGGCGGACAAACCGUACAGCAUCCACCCUCACGGCAUCGCCUACGGGAAGCAGUCCGAGGGUUCUCUGUACUUUGACAACACCUCGCUGUUUGAGAAGGAGGACGACCAGGUCAGGCCCGGGGAGGAGCACACAUACUACUGGGAGGUGACCGCAGAGGUGUCCCCGAAAGAGGAGGACCCCCCGUGCCUCACGUACACCUACAUCUCCCACUACGACGUCGUCAGGGACUACAACUCGGGGCUGAUCGGCGCCAUGCUGGUGUGCAGAGCGGGCAGCCUCAAAGACACGGGAGAGCAGAUUCUUUUCUCCCAGGAGUACGUCCUCCUCUUCGGCGUGUUUGAUGAAAGCAAGAGCUUGUACGCAACAGAGAGUGCGCCCCCCAGUAGCCCUGUGAAACGCACCAUCAAUGGCUAUGCCAACGGCACCAUACCAGGUCUGAGCGUCUGUGCCCACACGGCGGUGAGCUGGCACCUGCUGGGCAUGAGUUCGCAGCCCGAGCUGUUCUCCGUCCACUUCAACGGGCAGGUGAUGCUGCACAUGGGCCAGCGGGUGUCCUCCGUGGGCCUGAUCAGCGGCACUGCCACCAGCGCCAACAUGUCCGCCGCCUACCCGGGCCGCUGGCUCCUCUCCUCCCACGUCAGCCGGCACAUCCAGGCUGGAAUGCACGGAUACCUGGACGUUGAGGCGUGUGAGGGAGUCGACGCCCCCGUGCGGAAGCUGACCAUCCAGCAGAGGCGGCAGAGUCAGCAGUGGACUUACUACAUCGCCGCGGAGGAGGUGGUCUGGGACUAUGCCCCCAAGAUGGCCGACUACAUUGACAGCAACUACAAGGUGAGGUACCUGAGGACCGGUCCCGAUCGAAUCGGCCGCAGGUACAAAAAGGCCAUCUUCACACAGUACACGGACGAGAGUUUCACCGUCCGAGCGGAGAACAAGCAGAGGAAGAUGGAGACCGGGAUCCUCGGCCCGGUGAUCAGAGCCCAGAUCAGGGAUGUGGUGAAGAUCGUCUUCAAGAACAUGGCGACCCGACCGUACAGCAUCUACCCGCACGGGCUGAUCAUAAAGAAGGAGGAGGAGGGAGCCAGCUAUCCCGAGGGCGGCAACCAGAGCAACGCAGUGCAGCCUGGGCAGACCCACACGUACGCGUGGGACGUCCUGGAGGAGAAUGAGCCCACUGACAGGGACCCCCGAUGCCUGACCAGGAUGUACCACAGCGCUGUGGACAUACCCAGGGACAUAGCCUCCGGCCUCGUUGGGCCCCUGCUCAUCUGCAAGAGCCAGUCCCUCAACAAGAAGAACGUGCAGCUUAAGGCGGACAAAGAACAGCAAGGGGUCCUGGCUGUUUUCGACGAGAACAAAAGCUGGUACCUCGAGGACAACAUCAGACAUUUCUGCGGUGACCCUUCGAAAGUGAACAAGGGGGAUGCCGAAUUUUAUAACUCAAACGUCAUGCAUUCAAUAAAUGGUUACGUAUACGACAGUGGGCAAGUUCUGGGGUUUUGCAAUGGCGAGAUAGUGACUUGGCACAUGUCCAGUGUAGGGGAGCAAGACCACGUUCAGACUGCCACUUGGCAUGGUCACAGUUUUGAGUUGAACGACCGGACGGAGAACAUCUUGACACUCUUUCCCAUGACUGGAGAAACCAUCACGAUGACCAUGGACAACAUCGGCCACUGGCUCAUGUCAUCACUGAACUCUGAUGGUGGCAAAAAGGGAGUGAGACUGAAGUUCAAGGACCUUGAGUGCUACAGAGACUAUUAUUACGAUGACACCAGAGGAGCAGGGGAGGCUGAGGAUGGCUUUUCUGUGAACAUAUGGCAGCCUGAAGACAUGGCUAAAAUACGAGAAGAAGAAGAAAGAAAGAGGGAAGAGGAGAAAAUGAAGAAGCGGGCAAAGCCUUCGGGGGAAAUCGACAAGGACACUGCAUCAUUCGCGGAAUUGCUUGGAUUCGACAUUCGUUCAUUCAAAAACAAAUCGCAAGGACCAGCGGAAGACGUGGAACUGCUGGACCUCAGUGCGUUUGAUUACGACGUUCAGGACGCCCAAAGCGGAACCGAGAACCCUUCCCCUAACCCACAGAACCACACGCAUCCAGUGCCAGGAUCCAAAAGGGUACCGACGCAUUUUCCAUUGGCUGAUGGAAAUGUGACUACGACAGGAUCCUUUAAUGGAAGUAGGAAUGUGAAUAUGAAUGAAACCACAGGUGAUUUACAGGCUGAUGUUAAAACCGCACUCGUCAGUGGCCUUGUGCCUGAAGCAGCCAGGCUAGACGUGCAGAGAGCUCAAACUACCAUGUUAACCCCGGAGAACAACAUCAGCAAGAUCACUCAUGCUGUGGAGAGUGUAGCAAAUGAGACAUCACUAAGCCAGCUGCAUGGAAGCUCUGAAGGGACCAUGUUAGAUGCCAUUCCACAUCCAGCAGAGAAGUCAAACGAGCAGAACACAACGGCCAAGGUAUCUGAAGACAGAACUGCAGGGACCACAUCAUUCACCUACACAGUGCCCCUGUCAAAGCCUUCCUCCAACAGCACUCUGGGAGAGAUAGACAACACUGACAAAGAAGACUUUGUGUUACUGGGCAACAGCAGUGUCUCUGUGGAGAUCCACGCCGGUAAUGAGAACGAAAUGGUGGCAGUAGACCACCAAGACCCUCCUGAAGCUGGAGUGGUGUAUAAUGUCUCUAAUGGGCAUCAUAAAACAUUGCUGGCUUCAGAUGACAGCAUUGCUAAUGUAGAAAAUAUUGUGUGCAACCCCAACUGUCCUAAAAGUUGUAACAUCACUGGACCUGGGGUUGAAAUUCAAAACAUUAAUGUUACAAACAAUAGGAACCUGUCUGCGAAAAUCGGCAACAGCCCUGCGCAAGUAAACUAUACCAACCUUUUGGGAGCCACCUCAAUGCCAGGUAUAAACAGGACAGAUAACACUACUGUGAAAAGCCAGCCUGAACUAUGUCCGGACAAUGAAACAUCGGCCUCACAGGAUGAAGAAGUUCAGGACGUUGUGAUGGAACCUCCGAUGUACCAGCACAGCAAUGCGUCAGAGGAGCUCAGCUCAGAGAAACGUUCAUCGGCCAUUUCGGAGGAAAGCAUUACCUUUUCCCCUGACUUGACGAACCACUCGUCACCACAGAAUUACACCAACGCAUCUCGGGAGUUAGGGCACAUUGAUGACCCCUACCUGGGCAACAUCUCCCUCACAGUUCUGGGGACCUCCUCUGGAUCAGAGAACAGUGACACAUCAGAGGGCCUCAACUCCGGCGGAGAGAACUCCCCUGACUUGACAAAGUCUGGAAUGGAAAACGGCUCCUCGAUAAUUUCGGGGAGGAACGUUACAGGACAAGUCGAGCAGGAUCUCCACAGCGAUUCAAAGCAGCAGAACAUCUCCGGGAGCAGGGAGGAGGUGGUGAUCUUCCUGAAGAACAACACCAAGGAGGCCAUCCUCACCGUCUCCCUGGAUCACCAGAAGGAGCACUGGGGAUAUGAGGGGGAGCACCAGCUGGUGCCCAUGGAGAUUCCUGGAAACAUGACUAAGUACACCAAGGACGAGCCAAAGGCAGGCGCGGACAACCCAAAUGUCAAACAAGAGGAUGAACACAAGAAGGGCAAAAAAAGAAAAUGGCCCGCAAUGACACACAACCUGAAGACAAGGAAGAAGAAGGUCUACAAGACCCAGCCAAGCCCUGGACUCUCCCCAAGGGGCCGGCGGCCUCCUGCCUUCAGCCCCAGAGGCUCCAAGCCCAUCACCAGCGAGGAGGACCUGUCCACCAAGUCCAUCGUCAUCGGGGUGCCGAGGCGCGAUUUCAACGACUACGAACUGUACGUACCCAAUACGAGUGAGGAUACAAAUCCCGGCACGCCUGAAGACCCCGGGGACGACUAUGAAUAUGUCGAUUACAAGGACCCGUACAGUCAGCCCAGUGACGUGAAAGCUGUGGAAGACGCCAAGUUUGUUUUGAAAAUGGAAGGGGGCAAUGUGAAGACAUACUUCAUUGCUGCGGAAGAAGUGGAAUGGGAUUAUGCUGGAUACGGGCAAAGGAGGCAGGAGAGGAUAAACAUUAACGAUGAGCCGACACAGUUCCGAAAGGUUGUCUUCCGGAGCUACCUGGACAUCUCCUUCAACGUGGCCGAAAACAGAGGAGAGGUGGACGAGCACCUCGGACUGCUGGGACCGGUCAUAAAGGCUGAAGUCGAUCAAACAAUCAUGGUCGUUUUCAGAAACCUAGCCACGAGACCGUAUUCGUUGCACGCCCACGGCGUUUCCUACUCAAAGCAAAUGGAAGGUCUUAAGUACGACGACGACUCUCCUCACUGGUACAAGUCAGAUAACGAGGUUCAGCCCCAGGACACCUACACUUACGUCUGGAAGGUGGAUCCCAAGUUUGGGCCAAAGUCUGACGAUUCGGACUGCAGGACUUGGGCCUAUCAUUCCGGUGUCAAUCCAGAGAAGGACAUCAACUCUGGGCUGAUUGGGCCCCUAUUGGUCUGCCGUCCGGGCACUUUGGAGAAGGACCAGGAAUCAGCCAAAACGCGGGACUUUGUCCUGCUCUUCAUGACGUUUGAUGAAACCAAAAGCUGGUAUUACGAGAGCAAUAUGGAGAUAAUAAGGCGAAAACACAGGAGGGCGGUGGCGGACCCCCAGUUCAUACAGAACAUCCAUUUCCCCGCCAUAAAUGGAAUUAUAUUCAGCCUGAAAGGACUGAGGAUGUACACCAAGCAGCUGGUCAGGUGGCACCUGAUUAACAUGGGGUCUUCAAGGGACUUCCACAGUAUACACUUCCAUGGACAGACCUUCUUGGAGAAGCAAAUGAAGGACUACCGGCAGGGAGUCUUCCCUCUGCUUCCCGGGAGCUUUGCGGAUUUAGAGAUGUGGCCCUCUAAACCUGGCCUGUGGCAGCUGGAGACGGAGGUGGGGGACCUGCAGCAGAGAGGGAUGCAGACCUUGUUCCUGGUGAUAGACAACUCCUGUGACCAUCCGCUGGGCCUCAUCUCCCAGAGUGUAAAAGACGCCCAGAUCACGGCCUCCCACUAUACAGGAGAGUGGAGACCACAUUUGGCAAGACUUCAAAACUCAGGCAAAUACAAUGCCUGGAGUACCGAUACAGAGAGCGGAAACUGGAUCCAGGUUGACUUCCAGAGGCCGGUGGUGAUCAGCAAGGUGGCAACGCAAGGCGCAAAGCAGCUGUUUACUUCCCACUACGUGCAGAAGUACACAGUCUCCUACAGCACGGACAGGAGGAAGUGGACCGUUUACAAAGGAGUCAGCAACAGAAAGACCUUUACGGGAAAUCAAAAUUACCACGAGGUCAAAGAGAACGUCUUUUUCCCUCCUUUGAUUGGUCGCUUCGUCCGUCUCAUUCCGACUGAAUCCUAUAACAGGCCAACAGUGCGCCUGGAGUACUACGGAUGUGAACUGGACGGCUGCUCGGUCCCCUUAGGAAUGGAGAACGGGCGGAUCAGCGACGCUCAGAUCACAGCGAGCUCUGUGGCUACCAGCUGGCUGUCUGGCGCCUGGCAACCAUGGCUGGCACGGCUAAAUAAACUCGGGAACGUCAAUGCCUGGCAAGCCAAGACCAAUGACAUGCAGCAAUGGCUACAGGUAGAACUGAAGGAGGUCAAGAAAAUAACUGGCAUAGUUACCCAGGGCGCCAAAUCUCUUAUGACAGAAAUGUAUGUGACAGAGUAUACCAUAGAGUACAGCAAAGACGGAAGGACCUGGAUAAAAUACAAAGAGGAUGAGGAUGACUACGAUGAGAAGAUAUUUCCUGGAAACGAGGACAACAAUGGCCACGUGAAAAACUACAUCUACCCUCCGAUCUUUUCCCGGUUCAUAAAAAUUAUCCCUCGACGGUGGCAGAAGACGAUCACUAUGAGAAUUGAGUUGCUUGGGUGUGAUUUUGAAUAAGGAUUUGUCAGAGCAGUACAAUUCCUCGCAUGCCUAUAUAGACUCAUUUUCCCAGUGUUAGUUUUUGUGUACAAGAAUCCCCCUACCCCCACACUUUUUUUGUUCUUUUUUUUAAUACAAAUUUACCUGUGAGUAUAAAUUGACAAGACUGUAAAUAUGUAAGUACUUUGAUGCAAUCUUAGUAAAUAAACUCUAUUCUUGCAUAACCCCACAUUUUCAGUCCCACACAAUUGCUGCCUCUGAUGUUUUGCCACGGUUGUAUAGUUUUAACGGAAAAUGAACCCUUUUCCAGCCAUAUUGCUUCUAUUACAUGCAGAAAUGAGGCUCAAACUAAAAUUAAAAAGUAAUCUCUUUAUUUAUUUAAUCUCAUGUCCAUUGCACUGGAUGUCAAGUGUGAACUGGUUGUGAAAAUCGGUAAAAAAAAAUAAAAAGUAUUCUGACUAUCA